AUGCCGUCAUUAAAAGAAGAGGUACCUUUUGAAAAUAGAGUAGCAGAAACACAUAAAAUUCGAGCAAAAUAUCCGAAUAGAAUACCUGUAGUUUGUGAAAAAGCUAGUAGAUCAGAUUUGCCAGCUAUUGAAAAAAAAAAAUUUCUUGUUCCUAUGAAUAUGCUAGUUGGUGAAUUUAAGUUUAUUCUUCAUCAACACAUUAAUCAGUGUGCAUAUGGAAAUAAUAUGAAAAUGUUUAGAGAAAAGACAAUUUAUAUAUUUGUUAAUAAUAUUGUACCUAAAACUGGUUUGUUAAUGCAAGAAUUAUAUGAAAUGUAUAAAGAUGAAGAUGGAUAUUUAUAUCUUGAAUAUAGCUGUGAAAGUUGUUUAGGAUAA